CGCAUCAACAUCCGUUUUAAACACUAACGGUUGGGGUUCUUGAACAUUCCCCAUAAUUCCUCACCCGAUGUCAACGCCCCGGACCCGAACACCUACAGUCGGAUUCUAACACCAGGAAGUAAACGGUACAGCUGAUAAACCUUUUACGGUAAAUUCAACAGUAGAUCUGACCUACUUCGUACUUUCAACAAUACGGAUUCGCCUCCCUCUGGCUCAAGGGUUGCUGAGAAAAAUGUAUGUCAGCCGAACUCCUGCAUAUAUUUUCCAUACCGGCAAGGACACAAUGGUGCCAGUAUUGUAGACUACAUUGAUCCUUGAACCAGCGAGACGCCAGCUGAGAGUUGGAGAUGCCUCUAUUCCGUGCCAUGAUGGAGCCCAGGGCUGAGAAACGGGUAGUGAGAAAGAAGAAGAUUAGAGGACGAGGAAGAUGGGAGGAGGAUGAUGAUCACCCUCCCCGGCUGACCCAGCUUUGUCUGUGGAACUUGGCGGAGAACAUGAAGGAAGUGUGGGUCAAAGACUACGCUGACAAUUACAUGGAUCAGUACUUCUUCAGAUAUGUCAUGGGCCCCUUCACCGUGCUGCCGGCUGAGCUGGUGGAGGAGCUCCUGUCUGUCCUGUCCUCCAGGCGUGAGUUGUCCCGUGCGGCGCUACACCUCCUGUUGAUCCCUCAGCUCAGAACCCUAUCUCUUGGGGGCUACUCUGCCCUGGUCACCCCCAGCCUCUGCACCCUCAUCGGGAUUCGCUGCCAGAGCCUGCAUUCCAUGGACCUCUCUGGAGCCCAGCAGGUGUCUGCCCAUGUCCAAUGUGACCUGCUGGGUUGUCUGCCUUCCCUGCGCUCCCUUUCUCUGGCUGGCACCCCUUGUGACAGACAGGUUGUGGAGGUGGUUGCCCGCCACUGUCCCGCGCUGCGCCACCUCGACGUGUCCCGCUGCCACUUCCUUCCCCCCGCAGGCCUGCUCUGCCUGAGGGGUUCCUCCUGUGCCUCCCCACCACCCCUCAGCAGCCUGCUGGCUCUGGAUGUGGGUUUUGGGGAGGAGGACGGGGUGGCUGCCGUGGCCUUCCUCCUGCUCUCCCUGCCGUGGCUGGAGAGAGUGGCAAUGGAGGGCCUGGGGGAGGCCUGUGGCCUCAUACACAGCAGGGAGUUCGGAGGGACUGAGGAGCUCAUGACCAGAGAGGGGCUGCCCAGUCUCUGGGAGGUGUGGAGGGAGAGAAGGCAGAGUGGGAGGGCCACAGACACAGGAGAGAUAUCAGGAGCAGAUGUGGAGGAAAUUGAAGAGGAGGAAAAUGACAACCGUUUCUCGUGGGCGAGUGAGGGUGAGAGUGAGGAUGAGGGUACAGGUGAGGAGACAAUGGGAGUUGGAGGUGGAAGAGGUGACGCCCAGAUGAGAACAAGGAAGGAAAUAGAAGAAGACAGUGUUGAGAAAGGAAGAGAAGAGGGAGUGGGGGGGGCAGGGGGUGAGGGCUUUACCUUACGUCUAAGGGAGGCGCAGGGCAUGUCUGGUGGGACUCUGGAGGCUGUAAGUCAGCUUUGCCCCGAGCUGCGCUCUAUAUCACUGGACUGUGAGGAGGGUGGGCCUAGCCAGGGGUCUUGUCUGGCUGCAGGCCUGGCCAGGUGGGCGGGCCAGCUGAGGGGACUCUCUGUGCGCUUCCCGGGGCCCCUGGAUGAGCUGCUGCCUGCCCUGCGUGCUAUGAAGGGCUCCCUGGUUUCUCUCACCCUAGAAGGGGUCAGAACCAACUCUCACACACCCAUGCUGGAGCUCCUCCACGCCUGUCCCAGGCUGAGGAGCCUCGUCGUCCAUGCUGAGCCUCCUUUAGCCCCCCAGGAGGAAGAGGAGGACGAGGACGAGGACAGGGAUCUACCCUGUCUACCCCAACUGUGCUCUCUCUCCCUAAACUUCUCCUAUGACCAGCGCCAGAUGAAGACCGUCAUGUCCUGGAGGUCUCUGGGGGGGGCGUUGUGGCGCGUACUAUCCGGCUCUCCCCUCCUGGAGAGGGUCUCUCUGGUGGCAGUGCCCUGUCCACUGGAGCCUGUGUUCCAGAAGCUUCUGAAGCGCCCCGCCGCCCGACCCCACAGCCCUCCACUACAACAACUAUGCCACCUCAGCCUUGUUCGCAGUGAUGUUUCCAUGGAGACUGCGUCGGGCCUGAUGACCAUUAACAGGCGUCUGAGCAGCCUGGACCUGAGAGGCUGCUGGGCAGUGAGCCUGGACAACAUGAGGCAGUUACAGAGGACAGCCACCAGGAGGCAACGUUGUAUCACUAUCACCUGGACAUGAUGUGCUUUACAUCUGACAACAGGCUGCCAGGCGGGGGCACCCUCAUUCACACAUACUGUAUGUUUGGGGCAAAUCCAACACAUCACUGAGUACCACUCUUGAUAUUUUCAAACAUGGUGGUGGCUGCAUCAUGUUAUGUGUAUGCUUGUCAUCGGCAAAAACUAGGACGUUUUUUAGGAAAAAAAUAAACUGAAUAGAGCCAAGCACAGGCAAAAUCCUAUAGGAUAACCUGGUUCUGGCUGCUUUCCAAGAGACACUGGGAGACUAUUUCACCUUUAAGCAGGACAAUUACCUAAAACAUAUGGCCAAAUAUACACUGGAGUGGCCUAGUUAGAGUUUUGAUUUAAAUCAUCUUGACAAUGGCUGUCUAGCAAUGAUCAACAACUAACUUGACAGAGCUUGAAGAUUUUUUUUCAAGAAGAAUGUGCAAAUAUUGUGCAAAGCUUCUAGAGACCUAACCGCUUUUAAUCGCUGCCAAAGAUGAUUCUAACAUGAAUUGACUCAGGGGUGUGCACACCUAUGUAAAUGAGAGUUCUGAAUUGAAUUUUCAAUACAUUUGCAAACAUUUCCUUUUUCAUUAUAGGGUAUUGUGUGUAGAAGGGUGAGAUGAACCCAGCAGCAUAUGGUGUCAGCAUAUGGUCUCACAAGGGGUCUGAGGAUCUCAUCUCGGUACCUAAUGGCAGUCAGGCUACCUCUGGCGAGCACAUGGAGGGCUGUGCGGCCCCACAAAGAAAUGCCACCCCACACCAUGACUGACCCAUCGCCAAACCGGUCAUGCUGGAGGAUGUUGCAGGCAGCAGAACGUUCUCCACAGCGUCUCCAGACUCUGUCACGUCUGUCACAUGUGCUCAUGUGCUCAGUGUGAACCUGCUUUCAUCUGUGAAGAGCACGGGGCGCCAGUGGCGAAUUUGCCAAUCUUGGUGUUCUCUGGCAAAUGCCAAACGUCCUGCACGGUGUUGGGCUGUAAGCACAACCCCCACCUGUGGACGUCGGGCCCUCAUACCACCCUCAUGGAGUCUGUUUCUGACCGUUUGAGCAGACACAUGCACAUUUGUGGCCUGCUGGAGGUCAUUUUGCAGGGCGCUGGCAGUGCACCUCCUUGCACAAAGUCGGAGGUAGCGGUCCUGCUGCUGGGUUGUUGCCCUCCUACGGCCUCCUCCACGUCUCCUGAUGUACUGGCCUGUCUCCUGGUAGCGCCUGCAUGCUCUGGACACUACGCUGACAGACACAGCAAACCUUUUUGCCACAGUUCGCAUUGAUGUGCCAUCCUGGAUGAACUGCACUACCUGAGCCACUUGUGUGGGUUGUAGACUCCGUCUCAUGCUACCACUAGAGUGAGAGCACCGCCAGCAUUCAAAAGAGACCAAAACAUCAGCCAGGAAGCAUAGGAACUGAGAAGUGGUCUGUGGUCACCACCUGCAGAAUCACUCCUGUUUUGGGGGGUGUCUUGCUAAUUGCUUAUAAUUUCCACCUUUUGUCUAUUCCAUUUGCACAACAGCAUGUGAACUUUAUUGUCAAUCAGUGUUGCUUCCUAAGUGGACAGUUUGAUUUCACAGAAGUGUGAUUGACUUGGAGUUACAUUGUGUUGUUUAAGUGUUCCCUUUAUUUUUUUGAGCAGUGUAUAUUAUCAAUAUAUAUAUUAUAGAAGACAAAAACCAUAUUCUUAUAACAAGAAUAAUUUGUCAUAGCUUUUUAAUGACUUUUGUAUUGUAUAAAAUGACAUAAAAUGA